AUGAGAUACAGAAAGACGGUCAAUCUCGAAACAAACGCGCUGGCGUUCUUCGCAAGCCAUGGUUUUAGGCCCAGCAGAGCUCCCCCGCCUGCGAGGUCGACCUCGAAGCAGCGCAAGGAAGCGCCCAAGAUUUUGCCGCCCGCGGGCGAGGCUCCGGCCCCCUCGCCGCUUGUUGACGAGUCCCCGGCGCUCGUGAACGCAUACGACCCGGCCGAGUACUACCGCGACCGGGCGCUCUGGUCAAAGUGUGCGAAGUCAGAUCUCCUCCAGUUCUUUGCCGACUUUGAGGAAUUCCGGGCUGAGGGCCACAACUUCACCCCGCAGGAGGUCCAUCAGGCCGUCCUCGAAGCCCUCGAGUCGGCCAAGCAGCGGCCCAAGGAUGCCCAGAGGGUCAUCCCGGAAGACUUUCGGGAGAUUGUCGACGAUCGCAGUGCCUUGCCAGACCACCAGUGGGCCGUUGUGGAUGCGGCGUUGUAUCUGGGAAAAUGCUGCUUCAAGGAGCGCGCUGUUGCCGGGUCACAGAUCUCUUUCCAGUCGUCUGAUCUGGAGGACAUCAAUUUUCGAAAGGCAGUGAUGUUGAUGGCAAUCAUGGAGAUCCGGGAUAUGAAACCAUGGCUGUUGGAACAGAAGAGGGUGGAGCAGAGCCGGAAGCAGAAGUAG